AUGGAAGAAUUGAACUUUGAUGUUAAUGCUCUGGCGAGUGAACUAGGUGGGUAUUUAGAAAAGCUAACUGAUGAGCAGAAAUUUGCAUACGAUCAAAUAAUUAGUGUUGUUAGCGGUCUAAAGGAGGGAAGUCCUCUUGCAAGGUUAAUAACUAAAGCCAAAUUAAUCAUAUGGGAUGAAGCUCCAAUGAUAAGUAAGUAUUGUUAUGAAGCUUUAGACAAAUGCCUCAGAGACAUCUUGAGGUGCUCAGAUUCGUAUAAUGCUCAUUUGCCAUUUGGAGGUAAAGUUGUUGUUCUCGGAGGAGAUUUUAGACAAAUUUUACCUGUGAUUCCUAGAGGCUCAAGGCAAGAUAUAAUUCAAUUUUCUAUUAAUUCUUUAUAUUUGUGGCAUAACUGUAAGGUUCUGAAGCUUACAAAAAAUAUAAAAUUGUCAUUGGAUGAAAACAACAAUGUACAAGAACUUAGAAAUUUUGCUGAAUGGCUACUAAAAAUUGGUGAUGGUUUGGCUGGUGAUACAACAGAUGGUGAAUCGAUCGUUCAUAUACCAUCUGACAUUUUGGUUAAGAACUCUGAGACAGCUUUGGAUGACCUCAUUGAUUUUGUGUAUCCAGAUAUGUUAUCCAAAUUAUCCGUUGAAAAUUAUUUCAAAGAUAGAGCAAUUCUUGCACCAACUCUAAAUUGUGUCAUUGAUGUCAACAACAAGAAGACUGCAGGGUUACCUGGACAAGAAAGAGUCUACUUAAGUUUUGACUCUGUGUGUGCUAAGGAGGGAAAUAUGAAAUUUGAAUUAGAUGCUUUCUCGAUAGAGAUUCUAAAUAGAAUAAAUUGUUCAGGUCUAUCGCCACACAAGUUGGUUGUGAAGGUUGGCGCUCCUGUUAUGUUGCUACGGAAUAUAGACCAAACUAAUGGUUUGUGCAAUGGAUCGAGAAUGCAAGUUAUAAGAAUGGAAAAUCAUGUGAUAGAAUGCAAGACUUUAACCGGUAACAAAGUUGGAAGUAUUGUUCUUAUCCCAAGACUGAAUCUAAUUCCAAAUAAUGAAACAUUACCGAUCAGGGUAAUGAGUAAAGAUGGUUUGCGAGUGCUGUUGCAAGAUCAUGGGCACUUGGAAGAUAGCUGCACGAUGAAUGUGUUCCACUGCUGCAUCUCAAGCAUGAGGAGACAGCAUGAUAUGCCGUUAGACGAUAGGAUCAAGUCGUACAUCCAGAAGGCUGGCCUGGCCAUCUUUUGCGAGCCUCAAUGA